AGAACCAGGGAGCUAGGGGUGUGACCGUUUGCUUGUCUCCAUUCUGAGCCUGUGGCAGUGUUCAGUCACCUCUACGCCCUGCUACCUGGAACUUAACAGACGGCACCAGAAGAAACCAUGCCAGAGACUGCCGAGGCCCACGCCGUUGCGCUCACCACCAACCGCAACUGUACCGUCGAGAUCACCAAUAUCAGCAGCUCCUUCUGCCUGGUCAACCCCAAGGUGUUCAUGGAGAGCGGCUUCUGCUUCAGCCCCCCCCAGCCCACGGUGCGCACCGGCCUGACGGAGGUGUGCUCCUUCACCAAGGACGACAACACGGCCACGGGCGCCGUGGGCGUGCUCACCUACGAGCUCUUCGACAUGCGCAAGCGCCACUGCAACGAGCUGAUGGCGCUGAUGUUCUCCGUGCCCUAUGACGACAACGUCUACAAGAACUGGCUGGGCCUGGGCAUCUUCGAGCACACGCGGGAGGUCGACGAGAAGCUCUACAAGCACAUGUACUACGAGAAGGACUUCACCAACUUCCUGCGGCACGAGGCGGACGGCUCCGGUGUGAAGUACACGGGCCGCAUGCUGGACGUGCGCGGGACCAUGUCCAGUGAAGGGCGGGCCAUCGUCAAACUGGAGGUCUACGAUAAGAUGUGAGAGGUGGCAGAGUGGCGAGGUCCUGCUUAUACUGAAUAAAGAUGUCCUCUGGGAAGUCUUAUCUGUUGUUACUUCACACCGCUGGUGCUUUUUAACAAAUAAAAACUAG